AUGGAUUUCCCGUUUAUUAAUGGCAUUCAAAAGACCAACAUUAGAAUUACUAGGGAUUCCCCCGAAAGCCCGUGUGCUGUUGAGCCUGAUGGCAUCGAUCAUGGAUUUCUCAUACACAUAACCAAUUUACACCGAUGGUUCAACCUAUUCUAUCCUUCUGGCGAUCUUUUGGACAUCAGCGACUACAGAGGCACUUUGGCCUUUUUGGAGCUUUUUGAUGUAUAUGGGCCUCUCUUAAAAAAGAAGAAAGCCCGGGUUGAAUCUGUUCUCCGCGAGUUCGGGACCAGAGCAGCUCAUUGCUAUUUGGUGAAAAUCGAGCAGCAAAAAGGAUACACAGAUGCCGUUGUUGGUGCAAAAAUGUUCGAAACAUCAAGCUAUGGGCCAUAUUACGAAGAAAACCCGGUGUAUGAGCGAUAUUUAAGGAGACUCUAUGACCGCAAUAAAAGCUUUUACAAAUCGCAUGUAAAGGUGACUUCAAAGCUAUCUCUCUUCGUUUCAUCUCAGUUAAAUGGAUUCGCAUCCCCUCAAAGCAACGACAACCAGCUGUCUUUUGUAUUUGUUUCCGAAAAAUGCUUUGUUGGUUGCAUUAAAAAUACGCUGCUUGCUGCAUUUAACAAAUGUUCGACAUCUUAUACCUCUGUCAAUGCCAUUGUAUCAGAGGCCCAAUGGAAAACUCUUGAACUUCAGGACCCAUUUUUGUCUCAGUACUGCAUGAAGGCAAGGAAGGAUCCUCGCGAAAACUCGUUUGUUUUUAAAAAGGAAUUUUGUAAGGAUCCUCGCUUGCUUCAAAAAUUUUUGAAAGAAAGGCCACCUGUUUGCUCAAAUAGACCAUAUCUACCCGGAGUAGCCUCUGCACAAUCUUCAGCCACAUAUUCCACCAAUGUGCCGAAAAAAUCGGUCGUCAUCAUCACAAUGGAUUUGUACUCUAAUGUCGUUGUAUUUUUAAAUUCCAUUCAAAGCACACCGCCCGAAAGCUUGCUAAUUGAUUUCCAUGUUUUGGACGUCCCAAAGAAUUUAAAUUUUCUUUUGUGCCUAUACACGCUCCCUGAGUUUGACAAUGAAAAGUCUGCGAUGAAAUUGAGGUCUUUUGAGUUCUAUUUGGUCGAGGACCAAUCAACUGGAAAACUAUCUUGCACCUCGCUAAUGCUGUAUGGCUACUUUAGUCAGAUUCAAUUUCUAAAAAUUGCAAAGUCUUACACCUUGAUAGACAAGCUAUCUUUAAAGUCACAUCCGCAUUCUCAUCUGAUUUCAUGGGUAGAAUCCUCAAUUCUUUCGCAAACGAUCGAGUAUACCGGCGAUAGGGAUAUGAGCCACCUUUCUUUCGUUGUUCCGUCAACAGGGGCAUAUUUGUCAAUGCUGUCUGCGCCUGAGCUUUUAUCAAAGAUUUGUUCUUAUCUUCCAAAAACAAAGAGCUCCAAAGCAUCUGAAUCGCACAUGCUUCAUGUGCCAAAACGAAUCGUCUUUGAUGAUGAUCCACAGAGCAUCGAAGUGGUGUACCUGCUGGGAUGUAGCAACAUUUCUUCUAUGAACAAUUCGAGCCCCAAAUCUGGUCCUGAUGUUAGGUCCCAAUUGGCGUUUCAAAUUCUCAAGGUGAACAAGUUAGACCCCAAAAGCGAAGAUCUUUUCUUUUGCAAACUCUUUUUGCCAAAUUUAUUCCCUAUUCCGUACAUUAAUUUUAAUGACCAGGCCAUUUUUGGGGACCAAUAUCCGUGUAAAGCAGCUGCUAGAACGAGCGCUGCUUUUCAUAGCCUCAAGGCUCUCUAUGAAAGCGGUGUUCUAGACUGCAACUUGCUUCCGAGUGCCGAGUUUUUGAAAUCUAUAAAUCUUGAAAAGAUGAAAAAACUUGCUCACGAGAACAAAACAGGAAAAAGUGGUGGUGAUGCCAUUGACCAGGGUUUGGACUAUACUUCAACUCGUACCAGGGUCUAUUAUCCCAUAAAGGUUCUGCUCAAGCCCACAUACUCUUUUGAGAAAAUAUGGAAAAUCCCCAGAAUUCUGUCCAUGGCCAGUUGGAAAGAUAAACUUGACUUGUUCCCCAGUCAAACCAGUCACACCUUUUUCUUGUACGUGAUGGAUUUUGAGGAUCAAAAUCACAUGGAUAUUAUACAGAAACUUCGCCCAGGGUUUUCGUUCUUUAAAAAAGCCGAAAAGCGGCCAAACAGCGUGUUCCUGCAAGACUAUAAUGUCUUUAACACCGGAAAUUUCAAGAACUCCUUUGGAAUCCUUCUUCCUCAUCAGAUAAGCACUCCUUUCCCCGCGUUUGAAGUAUAUCUGUCUGCAGUUACGCCUUCUAGUAAAAUGAAAGUCAAUGGGCCACAUUUGGUAACUUUUUCUGCAGAGCAGUUCAAGUCUAUCGUUUCUUUCCAAAUUGCACUAUUUAAAGUUAUGAAUGGCUUCAAAAAUAGCCUUUUGUUUGAUUCAAGCCUAUCCACAGAGAAGGACAUAGAUCAAUACUUGAAAUCUUACUUGUCGAGCCUUAAGGCAAAUUCUCCGUCCCGAAAUUGCUUUAUUGAAGAGCCGCUUUUACAAAUCGACUGUCUUGAAAAAAUUUCGUACCUUGUGGUUCCGGUUACUCGAAACGCUGGUGAUGAAAUCCCGAUUACUCCUGAAAGCUUAUAUGGCGCUUUUUUGCGAUUUUUAUCGGCCGAAAAAAAAUUUCCACCCUGUCUGGAGAGCUGGAGAAUCGACUGGCCAUUAUUAAGUUCUGGGUGUUCUUUUUUUUCUGGCACGAAACCUCAAAUUUCACUAUUGUCUUUUAUUGAUCAGCUGUCCGAGUUUUAUUUCUCAAACGUACUUCGGCCCAAAGGAUUUGAAAGACCCUCUUUUUCAUCAUCAUCAUCAUCAUCAUCAGUGUUGACUCACCAUAUGUUUGAUGAUCCCGGAUGUGUGGAGAACAAUCUUGAUAAUUUUGUUUUCUUUUCGCUUCAAAAGAUUACUGUGUAUCACCGAUAUUCGGAUAUUGGAUAUAGAAUUGAGAAGGUCAGAUGUGAUUUGAACCCUCUAUCGAUGAUUGAAAAAAAUGGAAUAUCAGUUGCAGAGUAUUUAAAGGCCAGGUUUUCGGUGCAAGUUAAAGACUUGUCACAGCCGCUUGUGGAAUGUGUUAAGAUGGAAAUUCCCAAUUGUUGCAAUUUUAUGUCGUCCUCUAAUUUUGUUCUGCAAAACAGCAACCUGGAGGGCAAUCUUUCGCGUUCUUCGUAUGAAGAACAAUGUACAUACUCUAAAACCGCUCUAGAUAUGGUCUCGGAAAAGUCUUCACUUAUCCUGGGGAAGGCCAUCAUUCAUAUCGACAAUGACAAGACCGUAUAUGAUUGUGUAAAUAAUGUGUCAUAUUCAUUGGCCUCCAACUUUUCGUUACAAAAAAUCACCGCCACAAACUCUAGCAGCAGUAAGACGCUACAUUCGCUGUUGGUUCCCGAACUGCUGAACAUUUACCCCAUCACUUCUGGCCAUUAUUUAAUAUCCUCCAUUUUUCCUACAUGGUUUUCCCAAGUUCAAAGGUGGCUAUUGAUGCUGGAGUUGUUUGAGGAAGGCAAUAUUUUCAAUUCCGUCCCGUUAAAGCCAGAUUUCACCCUAUUUCUUCAAGCUUUAACAGCACCUAUAAAUCCGAAUUCGGGCGAAGAUGUGGAUGAUGAUCUCUCGGUUUCCUGUGGUGCCGGAUCGUUCGAUUAUGAGCGGUUGGAAUUACUGGGCGAUUCGAUCCUAAAGUUUGCCGUCUCUUUGGAUCUUUUUCUCGAAUCCUCCACACAUUUUCCUGGCCUUCCCUCAGAGGCAGACUUGACUAGAAAAAGAAGCGAACUCAUUUGCAAUGCAAAUCUUUUCUCGCUUGGAAUUUCGUUGCUUUCUUUACACAAAUAUGCAAAUAUUGCGGGCUUCUCGACGGUGAAAGCCUUUUUUCCUCCCCAUAUUUGCACGCUGAUUGAAGCUCUGAUUAAAAAAGACCCUUCGUUUUCAUGUAUUGUCCCCAUCCGGCCUGUCUUUGACGAGUGUGUUUCUUGGCUUGAUUUAUCUUUACACGAUGAGAAUUCCAGGAAAAAAGAUUUCUCGCCUGUUGAUGAAAUGCAGUUGGAUAGCCUUUGCCUUGAUGACUUGCAUGCACUUUAUUCUACCACCGCUCUUCGUCAGCUGGGUGUAAGAUACUCAAACAAAGCCAUCUCAGACAUGAUAGAGUCUCUUAUUGGGGCAUUUUAUCUGUCUACGGGACUUUCAAAUACAUUUUCUUUUUUACAAAAGCUAGGAUUGGUUCAAAUUAUCGGUUCUAACCUUACUCCCGAUCAUAUGAAAGGCUACAUCAAUAUGAAUUUGAAUAACAUGGCAGAGCCGGCUGGUCUUUCUUUGUUUGAGAAAACAGAGGCCCGUCUAUUUGAUAAAAUCAAUUGCAUUAACCAGAUUUUUUCGUCUCCAGAGCUUUCGGCUUUGAUUUACGUCUUUGAUGACAAGCAUGGGUUUCGAUGUUCUUUUUCCAAUACUCUCGAUAGAAUAUCAACGAGCUUGAACUAUCAAUUUAAGGAUCCCAGGUUGGCUCUUCUUGCAACGGUACAUCCGUCUCUUUCAGCUGCCUUUAAUUUUGAAAGACUGGAAUUCCUUGGAGAUGCCGUUUUGGAUUUUGUUGUCACCAAAUAUUUUUAUGAGAAAUAUCCAAACCUCAGGCCAAAUGAGCUGACUCUUUUGAGAUCCUCUUCCGUUGAUAACGAGUCUUUUUCCAGAAUGCUCUGUUUGCUACAGCUGCAUGAUGUCUUUUUUAAUACCCAAAAAAAUAACCUGCUUGCCGAGUCUGUAAAGGCAUAUGUGGACUAUCUGCAUUCAAAUGAUAAAGCAUUCAUUGAUGACUACCGAACCUUCACUGGUGAUCAAAUUUCAAAGCCCACAUCCCAUGAUUGCUCGGCGAUCUUUUCUGCACCAAAGAUCUUGUGCGAUCUCUUCGAAAGCAUUGCGGGCGCAAUUUUUCUCGACUUGGGAUGCGAUCUUGAUGGCUUCUGGAAUAUUUACAAGCAUAUCAUUUCAUUCUAUUUGGAUAGAAAUUCAAAGCACAAGCAACUGGGUCUGAAUCCAGUAAAGGAUUUGAUGGAGAGUGUUUUGAAGCUGGGAAUACUGCCAGGCGAGCUAAUCUUUGAAUUCCAACAUGAGCAUUCGUUAGAAAAUGUGAUGCAUCGAUGUAUCAUCAAACUACGGGGAAAGGUUCUUGCCAACGUGCUUGCAACUGGUCGCACAUGGGCUAAGCGUACAGCGGCAUCUAAAGCAUUGGAGUAUAUUGUCAAAGGCGGCUAUAAGGAGGUGCUGCUCAAUUAG